ACUUUUAAUGAGUAGUGGUGGUGGAACUGAAAUAAAUCUAAAGGAUUAGUGUAGGAUCUAAUCUCUCCUUUAACUUUCCCUCCUCUCCUCCCUCCCUCCCUGACUCUUUCUCUCCUCCUCCUCCUCCUCUCUCUGCGCUUGUCCUCCUCCUCUGCCUCUGCUUCCAUUCAGUGCGUGGAGGCAGCAGCAACAGUCUUGCAUGUGGAUCAGUGGCUGGAGGAGGACAGAAGGCAGGAUCCAUCCCAAACCAAACCCAGCCCUCCCCCCAGCCUCCAGAGCAGCAUGGUCGGCGUGAGGACCGCAGCUUGCCUUUCCCUGCUGCUGGGCGUCUCUCUGCAGGUGGACGUCAAAAGUGGGAAAGAGGCAGGACGAGCCGGGAAUUUUAUGGAAGACGAGCAAUGGCUGUCAACCGUCUCCCAGUACAGCCGUAAGAUCAAACACUGGAACCGUUUCAGAGAUGAAGUUGAGGAUGACUACAUCAAAAACACAGAAGAAAACGUGGGCUUUGAUGAAAGCGCCGACACCACCAAAGACCCGUGCCAGAACGUGAAAUGCAGCCAGCACAAGGUGUGCGUCGCCCAGGGCUACCAGAGGGCCAUGUGUGUCAGUCGGAAAAAACUGGAGCACAGAAUGAAACAAUCAGAACAGCUGGAACGCCAUGAAAGCAGCUGCAGGCCUUGCGCUGAGUCUGCUUCCUCCCCUGUCUGUGGCUCUGAUGGACACAACUAUGCUUCACAGUGCAAGUUGGAGCAGCAAGCUUGCCUCACAGGCAAAGACCUGAGCAUCAUGUGCACCGGAUUCUGCCCCUGCGUGACGUCCUCUGUUUCAAAUUCUGACACAAAACGAGAGAGUUGCACCGGCCAAGACCUGGCAGACCUGGGUGACCGCCUGAGAGACUGGUUCCAGCUCCUUCAUGGAAACGCAAAGCAGAAUAAGUCUGGAAAACCGGGAACCGGCACCGCUUCUGUGCUUGAGAGGAGCCUUAUCGCCAGCUGCAAAGACUCCAUUGGCUGGAUGUUUUCGAAGCUGGACACCAACAGCGACCUGUACCUGGACCAAGCCGAGCUGGCUGCUAUUAACCUGGAAAAAUAUGAAGUCUGCAUCCGACCUUUCUUCAACUCGUGUGACAGCUACAAGGACGGAAAGGUCUCCACAGCCGAGUGGUGCCUCUGCUUCUGGAGAGAAAAGCCGCCGUGCCUCGCCGAGCUGGAGAGGAUCCAAGUGCAGGAGGCUGCCAAGAAGAAGCCUGGGAUCUACAUCCCCAGCUGCGAUGAGGACGGCUACUACAGGAAAGUGCAGUGCGACCAGAACCGAGGGGAGUGCUGGUGUGUCGACCAGCACGGUGGAGAGAUUAUGGGCUCUAGAAUCCACGGCAACCCCGACUGUGAUGAAGUUGCUGGAUAUUCUGGGGAUUUCGGGAGUGGAGUCGGGUGGGAGGAUGAAGAGGAAAAGGAGGCAGAAGACAAUGGGGAGGAGGCCGAGGAGGAAGAGGAGGAGGAAGUUGAUGCAGACGACGGAGGAUACAUCUGGUAGAACUAGUAUGCCAGCAAGCUGGCUUGGAGUAUUGGGCUCUUUUCUUGGAGAAAACAGAUUUAGGGGUCAGAUUGGGACGGGAUCGACAGUGUGUCCAUUGAUCCCGGACUGGUCUGGUAUUCAGAUGUCUUACUUUCUUUGUCGGAUGGUUUUACUUUAUUUAAUUAUCUGUUUCUAAAGGGACAAAAUGUGUGUUUUUCUGCAAAGAAAAGAUAAAAACCUCAGAGUUUGGCACCCAUGAUUGCUUAAAUCCAUUCAGAUUUCUACCUUGUCUUUUCACCAUUCAUGCAUAUCGAGAAUAUGAGUUUUUGUGUUUUACCAUGAUGCUUUGUAGUGGAGUUCCCAUUGAAAUGAAUAAAUGAACAGUUUGACACUUCAUCUUAUGGGCUUAUUUGUUAUUUUAGGGGUGUAACAUUCAGCCCCAUUUGUGGGUAAAUUUGAGAUUAAGACACUCAGAUUAAAAACUAGAUGUUUAAAUGUUAUGAGAGAUUGCUUCCAAAUGGACAAUGCUUUUUCGGCUUUUAAACUCACUGAACGGCUUAAAACCUGAAUUUUCUGCUUUCUUUAAAGUCUUUGCUGCCUCUCUGUGGCCACAGAGUUCAACACUCUUUGAUGAGUAAAAAAUCUUUUAAUUUAUUGGAACAAAUACACACCUCUGACUAAAAUGUCAAACUUUUAUUUAAAGCAAGUCAGUGGUUGAGCAUUUCAAACCAUUUAUGUAAAUAUCAUUUUGGUGUAAAAAAAACUGCAGUUAGCAAGGGUGAUUAGAAAAGGUUCAAAACUCUGCCUUUACGCUCCACCACAGCAGAUUUGAAGUUUAUGGUAACUCAAGGGGAAGUGCGUUCAAACACUGUCCUUUCAAAAUAAAAGUCGCUGCCCCUUGCUUUCUCUGAAACCAUAUCAAGAAUGUGCCACAAGUUUUCCCUUCUGAGUUAGCUACUUAUAAAAUACUGUAACUGUACUUUGUGUUUAUUAUAAAAGAAAGUGUGCGUUACUUGAAGUUUUGUGUACUUGAAAUUACUGGAGGUUUUAUUUUCUAAAACAAUACUGUUUCCAUGUCUUAAUUCAUGCUAUUGAUAGGCCAAAUGUUUGUUUCUAGUAUUGCAUGUUAGUAAGAAUGUACUUCUAUGCUGAGCACUUUACUAAUAAAGGCGUUGCAGCCAAAUUACCUGUU